AUGUCUUCCAAUCUACAUUGGACAUCGACAUUGUUACUUGCCAUUCCGGCCAGCCUAGAUGACAGGUCCGACACGGUGGCAGCAUUUGUCUCGCUUGCGAGAGACAACGAUUGGUAUGGGAAGUUGAUAAUUGAAGAAGAUGGAGACAAUCUGUUGCUGAAAUUAGUGAAAGAAGGGAAACCAGAAGGUCAGGAGAAUGUUGCGGCUGCAAUCGGAUUGCUACGUCGUGAUCCUGAGAGCGUUGAACACAUGAUUCAUGUCGGUGUAUGCUCGAUGCAACUACUGAAUCUCAAUCUUUCUGGAACUUUAUCUCCUGAAAUAAGGCGAUUAUCUUAUAUGCAAAUAUUGGAUAUCAUGUGGAACAACAUAGGUGGGAGUAUACCAAAAGAGAUAGACCAACUUACAUCCUUGAAAUUCUUGCUUUUAAAUGGAAACAAUCUAACAGGCUCCAUGCCAGAAGACAUUGGGAAUCUCCCCAAUUUGAACCGCAUACAAAUCGACCAGAACCACAUAUCUGGACCAAUACCAGUUCUAAUAAUCUUUUUCCCCAUUUUAUGUCCCUUCACUGACUGCUACCAUCAGUUUUUAAGCAAUGGGACAUUCCCACAACAACCACAGCAAGGUGGUGGCAUGUAUCUAGCACUACCAGUGGUUUCCGCCUCUAAUUCUAAAUACCCACUUCAACAGUAUAAAGCUAGGAAGCAAUAA